UUAAGAGUAAAAUAUAUAUAAAGAAAGAUAAGUACAAAAAAAGAAAAGAAAUAGAAAAAAAGAAAGAAAAAAAUUGGCUUUUCAAAAAGAUUAGCUUUUCAAUAUAAGUUAUUACUCACUGGCCAUUUUUGUGGCCAGGUUGCAAUCACUUCACGGACCACUAGUGGGCUAUGGCCCACAGGUUGGGGACCCCUGCUCUAUUAUACUAUACUGUAUCUUGGUUUUGUAUCAUUGUUUGGGUAUAAAAUAUUCUGGAAAUAAAGAGAAUGUGGUUGAAUGAACAAUGCUUAGUCACAUCAUAUGGGGAUUCAGACAACCUCUAAUGAGUACCUAAUAUCAACCAAUAGUAUAAAUUAUUUGGUAUAGAUAGAUACUAAGUAAAUAAGGAGUCCCUGAGGAUUUUACUCUGCUAGUCAUUGCUGACAAAAGGGGGCGGUACUCAUCUUCAUUUCAAGACUAUUGAGCUAGUGUCGUCCAAAGACAUUUCCACAAUUAUGUGGCCAGCAUGAUGUCAUGAAGCACGGUUACCUUCCCACCAAAGUGGUACCUAUUUAUUUAUUCGCAUUUGCAUGUUUUUGAAUAGCUAGCUUGGCAGGAGCUGGGAUGAGGAUGGGAGCUUACCCCAUUGUAUGGUGUUUGGGUAUCGAACUUGGGCUGUCUGGCUUUCCAAUCAACAAGCCCAGCAUCUUAACCAUUCAGCCACUGUAUCACCCUUAUAGAUAGAAGUUGCCCCAAGGGCUAAUCUAAAUAAGCAUAACUAUAUCUCUGAAAUUGUUUGCUCUGUAAUGACACGUAUACCUAUCACACCAAAGUAAAUGACUUUUAAGGUCCUACAGAAAGAAGCAUUUCUUUGAAAGAGCUUCUAUCUUCAUAUCACCACAUGCUUACCAUUUAGUCUUUGGACCUGAAUCACAGCACAACCUAACAUUUAAUAGCAAAAGAGCCUUCAACUGAGGUUUAGUCAACACAUGGACACAUGGAUUCUCAGGAUCAGUGUUAGAAGAAUAAAUUUGGGCUAAUCUAAGCUGGAAUUACAUAAGAAUGAGACUGGACAUGCUGUUUGAAAAGGAAGAUGCUUAUUCGAGAACAUAAAAGACAUCAUUCAGAGAGUCUCAAGACCUUUUUUACAUCGUGGUGACCAAAACUGGAUGUGGUAUUCCAAGUGUGGCUUUACCCAGGCAUUGUAAAGUGGUAUCAACACUUCACGUGAUCGUAUUAACACUUCAUUUGAUCUUGCCUAGUUUCAGAUUCUUAACCAAUGAAAGCUCACCUAAUUCACCAAGGGUUUAUGUCCACAGAUUGCUCACAACUAAGAUAAGAUGGUGAACCAAACCAAGACUGAGGAGAUCUUAUUGCUAGGAUUUACUGAAAGUCACCAGCCUGAGAUGCUUUUAUUUACCCUUAUCUUGGUCAUGUACCUGAUGGCCAUAGCUGGAAACAUUCUGAUUGUUAUUAUCACCCUUGUGGAUGUCCACCUCAGGACCCCAAUGUAUUAUUUCCUCAGGAAUUAUGCCAUCUUGGAAAUUGGAUACACUUCAGCUGUCAUUCCCAAAGCUUUGAGCAAUUUGGCGUUGGGGAAGAAAACCAUCUCUUAUGUGGGAUGUAUAAGCCAAUUGUUUUUUUAUUUCUUUUUGGGCACUACCGAUUUUUUCCUUCUGACGGUUAUGUCUUUUGACCGUUAUGUGGCCAUCUGCAAUCCUUUAAGAUAUACCACCAUCAUGAACCAAUGUAUCUGCACUUGGAUGGUGCUGAUUUCUUGGGUUGCAGGAUUCAUCUUGAUUUUUAGUCAAACCGUAUCUUUUGCACAAUUCCCCAUCUGUGGCUCAAACAUCAUUGACCAUUUUUUUUGUGACAGUAAACCAUUGCUGAAGCUUCUCUGUGGGGACACACAUCUCCUGGAGCUGGUUGGCUUCAUCCUUUCUGUUUUUUCACUUCUAGGGACUUUAGCCAUCACUACAAUAUCCUACACGGUCAUAAUUUCCACCAUCCUUCACAUUCCAACUGCUGCAGGAAGGAAGAAGGCCUUCUCCACCUGUGCCUCCCACAUCAUUGUGGUCUCUAUUACGUAUGGUAGUUGCAUCUCUAUGUACCUCAUACCCAUGGAAAGUGAAGGGAAAAAUUUCAACAAUGCGGUGGCCAUCCUCAACAAUGUGGUUUGUCCCCUCAUGACCCCAUUUGUCUACACUCUGAGGAACAAGCAGGUCAAAGAUGCUUUGAAAGACACCUUGGGCUGCAAGAGGAUAACUAGCAAAAUAUGAGGAACAUCAACAUCCUUGAAAGAGGAAAGGAAAAAAAAGAGAAUAAAUGUGAACAGAGUAAAAAUAGAUCAGUGAUCUCUGUUCAACCUGUGAUUUACUAAUUGAUUGAUUGAUUGAUCAGACGCCUAUGUAAUUAUUUUGGAGUGGUAGUUGAGGGGUGAUGAAAUAUUUUAUAUUGGAAGUUUUGGUACUGGUUCAUUGCAAAAAGUUUCUUAAUGCAUGCUUACAAUAAAAUAGACUCAUCUAGUGGUGUUUCCUGUCUGGUCUACCUCACAAGGUUGAAAUCCAUCUUGCAAAUCUGAAAUCACACCAGUUCGCUCCCCCUAUCCCCAACUUUCCCUUUACAGGUUAAGAAAUUAGGAGAGUCUCUUCUGAGCCUCUUGGUCCACCCACAUACCUGCUGGGAUGAAUUUUACCUGAUUGUUCUGUUGACCAUCUCCCAUGGUGUUUCCCAUUUACUAUUACACUAUUUUCCAAGGCACUUGAAGGUAGGACAAGAAGCAACGGAUGGAAAGAGAGAAGCAACUUAGAACUAAGGAGAAACUUCCUGACAGUGAGAACAAUUAAC